CGCCGCGGGCCGGGGCUGCGGGUCAGCGACGCUGGAGGGCCGGAAGUGCCAGCUUUAUAUGGCUCACAUCUGACAACAUGCACCACCAGUGGCUGCUGCUAGCUGCAUGCUUUUGGGUGAUAUUCAUGUUCAUGGUUGCUAGCAAGUUUAUCACAUUGACUUUUAAAGACCCAGAUGGCUAUGGUGCCAAGCAAGAGCCAUUGAUACUGACAGCUGUGACAAAAGUGGAGGACGUACACGUGCCAGAGGAAAAACAUUGGCCUGAAGAAUUCCAGCCAACUGGAAAAGCUUUUUCAGGAAAUCUGAUCCACCAACCCCUUAUUCAUAUGGAAAGACUUGAGCUUCUCAGGAAUGUCUGCAGAGACACUGCAUUGAGAGAUCUCUCUCAUGCCGCAGUUUCCAAAUUCGUCUUGGACCGAAUAUUUGUGUGUGACAAGCACAAGAUCCUGUUUUGUCAGACGCCAAAAGUGGGCAACACUCAGUGGAAAAAAGUCUUGAUCGUUUUAAAUGGAGCAUUUUCGUCCAUAGAAGAGAUCCCAGAAAACAUUGUACAUGAUCAUGAGAAGAAUGGCCUUCCACGCUUGUCCUCUUUCAGUGACUCUGAAAUUAAAAAACGACUGAAUUUAUACUUCAAGUUUUUUAUUGUUAGAGAUCCAUUUGAAAGACUUAUUUCUGCAUUUAAAGACAAGUUUGUUCACAAUCCUCGGUUUGAACCUUGGUACCGGCACGAAAUUGCUCCCGGCAUCAUUCGUAAAUACAGAAAGAAUCGCACAGAGACCAAAGGGCUGCAGUUUGAGGAUUUUGUGCGCUACCUGGGGGACCCCAAUCACCGGUGGCUGGAUGUUCAGUUUGGUGACCACAUCAUUCACUGGGUAACAUAUGUGGAACUUUGUGCUCCCUGUGAAAUCACGUACAGUGUGAUUGGACACCACGAAACCCUGGAGGACGAUGCUCCGUAUAUCUUGAAAGCAGCCGGCAUAGACCACUUGGUAUCUUACCCCACAAUCCCACCAGGCAUAACAGUGUACAACAGAACGAAAGUAGAGCGGUACUUUUCAGGAAUUAGCAAGAGAGACAUAAGACGCCUCUAUGCACGAUUUGAAGGAGAUUUUAAACUCUUUGGUUAUCCUGAGCCUGAUUUCUUGCUUAACUGACACCUGGGAUAACAUCUGAAAAAGUAUGUCAUGGAUUAAUCUAAAUCUGUGUGAAUAACAGCUGCAACACUGGCAGAGCUGAGAAUGACCAUUUGUUUUCUAGCUUUUUGAUGUUGCUCCACUUUUCAGUGAAAUAUUUGUCAUAUGAACAUGUAGGGGCUUAUAGUUGUUUCCUGACCAUGUUUUCAGUACAUGACAUUGCAAUCUGUUAGGAAUUACAAUUCUGUUAUCUAAAAUACAGAAUUUGACUUCUCCCCUCUCUCCUUUAGGAAAAAAGAGGGAGAACAAAUGGGCUAUGAUCUUCCUCUCCUCCCAGACAGAAUGCCAUUUUUGAAAUGUUGUGAAGUAUUUACAAAGAUGGCAGUUUCACUCUAGGUUAACCCUGGCACUUGGGUAAACAUGAUUCCUGCUCAUGAGAAAGUCAUGUAGUCUCCCAUGAGCUUUGUAAAUGAGAGGCCAGUACAAGACUAGAAAUUAAAUGCUUGACAAAUAUAACCAUCUAGUCAUGUGACUGCUACCAUAGCACUGAGCUAAUCCAUUCUUAUUUGUGAAAAAACGAACCUAAUUAGACUGAAGCUUUUAGAGAUGUAAGAAAAUGAACUGGUUCCACACCCCAGUUGUCUCUGUAUUUUUGUCAAGUGUUUACUGUAUUUACUACUGAUGUAUUGAGCCUCAUAAUUCUACUUUUGAUUUUCAAGAGAUUAUUUAACUCCUGACUGUGUAAGUUAUGUGAGAACACCAGCUGCAAGUGGAGCAUAAAGGAAAUACGAAACUGUUAAGGGAACUGUUAAGGAAAAUUAAUUUAAAAUAUCAGUUGUAUUUGUGGGAGCACAUAUAAUAAUGACAAGAUGCUCUCACACAAUUUAACCUGUCUUUUCUUCUAACAGUUAAAAUUAAUAAAGAAGUUACAAAAGCAAGAUGUCAUAU